CCUGCAGCAUUGAGUUGUCCUGAGGGUAAGGAAUACCAGCCUUGUGUGCAACCCUGUGAAGCUAAGACAUGCUUGAAUAAAUGGUUCUAUGAAGAUUCUCCCUGUUCCUAUUUAAGGGAAGACUGUGUGUGUAAAAAUGGCACCAUUCUGCAUAGAACGGACUCUGACCUCUGUAUACCAGAAGAAAAAUGUACAUGUACAGAUAGCAAAGGAGAGCCCCGCUCGGCUGGGGAGAUCUGGAGUGGGUCCAUGAGAGGCUGUUGCAUGUACCACUGUUUAGAAAAUGGAAGCAUUAUUGCUGUAGAACCUGAAUGCGAUGAGGAUCCAUCACCAGUCUGUGUAAGAGAAGGGGAAGUUAUCGUCCAUGUCAUUGAAGAGACAGCUUGCUGUCCCAAGAAAGUUUGUGAAUGUAACAUGUCGUUGUGUGACACCAUUAUUCCAACAUGCCAACCCAAUGAGAAAGUAGUGGUAGGCUACCACCCCUUGUCCUGCUGUCCACAGUACCGAUGUGAAUGUGAUCCUUCAGUUUGUUUCAAUGCUUCUCAGCUGGACUGCAGAGAAGAUCAAUUUAUUGUUGAGGCAAAACAGGAAGAUCCCUGUUGUUUCUCUCAUCUCUGCAUUUGUGAAUCCUGUAUUGAGCCUGUUCCCUUGUGUAAUGAAGGGGAAAUUCUCACUGUAGACCUUAAUACCAUACAUUACUGUUGCCCUCAUUACUACUGCGUUUGUGAUGAAAAUCUUUGUUCCGUGCCUCCUCUGAUUUGCACAGACGACAUGACACCUGUGAAGGAAAAGAUACUUGGGCAGUGUUGUCCAGAAUGGCACUGUGAAAAGGAUGAUGUGUGCAUCUUCCAAGAGGUCACAUUACUGAAUCCUGGACAGUCAGUGAUUCAGUACUUGGAUGGAGAUCUUUGUUACACUGUACAGUGUUUACAAGAAAAAGAUCAGAACACAGGAUACAAUGCCAUGCAUUUCAUAAUGAUGAACUGUUCCCAGCAAUGUGAAGUUCAUCAAAUAUAUAUUCCAUCCUUCAGUCACGAUACUUGUUGUGGUACGUGUCAAAAUGUGUCCUGCUCUUUUUAUACAGAGAAUGGGACAGUAAUUCUGUAUGAGGAAGGAAGCACCUGGAGCUCCAACUGCACCAACUACGAAUGUGCAAAGACUGCUGCAGGGGCUAUCACACUGGGAUCUAGUGUUGUCUGCCCCCCGUUUAAUGACACUGAGUGUACAAAGAAUGGUGGAAUUGUGGAGACAUAUAAUGAUGGCUGCUGCAAGACCU